CGAGCGCAGACAGACAGAGAGAGACAGAGAGAGACAGAGAUGAAGUUCACGGACUCGCCGGUGAUCGAGCUCCCGGUGGGCGACGCGCGCCUCUCCCUCCGGCAAGACAACGGCUCCAUGCACGUUGGCACCUCCGUCUGGCCCUGCUCCCUCGUCCUCGUCAAGUUCCUCGACCGCUGGUCCCGGCCCGACCCGGCCCGCCGCCCGACCAACCCCUACGCCGACCUCCUCGACUUCAGCGGCAAGCGCGCCGUCGAGCUCGGCACCGGCUGCGGGGCCGCCGGCAUGGGCCUCUACCUCCUCGGCCUCGCCGACAUCAUCCUCACCGACAUCGCCCCCGUCAUGCCGGCGCUCCGCCACAACCUCAGGCGCAACAAGCCCGUCCUCCGCAAGACCCUCAAGACCUCCGUCCUCUACUGGAACAACCGCGACCAGAUCAGAUCCCUGAACCCGCCCUUCGACAUCGUGGUCGCCACCGACGUGGUGUACAUCGAAGAGACGGUGGGGCACCUGGUGGAGGCGAUGGCGGCGCUGGUGAAGAGCGACGGCUUGGUGCUGCUGGGGUACCAGCUGAGGUCGCCCGAGGCCGAUAAGCUGUUCUGGGAGCUGUGCGAGGAGGUGUUCGUGAAGGAGAAGGUGAGGCACGAGGAUUUGCAUCCCGAGUACGCGUACGAGGAGGCUGAUGUGUUCAUCCUUAGGAAGAAGAAGGACAAGGACAAGGACAGGGAGGACGACUUAUGAGUCGAUGGCUUCAUUCCCUUGGCGUCCUCGAGUCUUACUUGGCAAAAAAGGCGUGCCUUGUUUCAGAAAACAAAGACCAACCUAUGUAUGAAUGUAUAAAGUUUGACAUGGUUAAUGCAUAUCUCGCUCCGAACUACUUUGCAAGUGAAUCAUCUGAAGCAGAGUUCUCUGAUAAUUUUCUUUUGGGGUUGGAAGAAAGCAAUGACUCUAGAUGUUGAUCUUGCAUCAUGUGACUUUGUAAGGGAUAAUUGCAGUCGUUCUCCCUGAAACGUUCUCUCUUCAACUAUAGUAACCUUAUCAUCUUUCCCGGUUUUUUUUCAUCUUUUUCCUUUCUAUAGAAUGUUAAAGUCUUCCAGUUCGAACAAUCUGUGCUUUAGUUGAAAAGAAUCUGUAGGAGUUCAGUGAGUGCAGAGUGUAGAUUGGCAAGUGAAAUAAAUCCAUGUAGAAUUGGAACUCUUUCCUGAUUGUGCAAUGCCCAUUAUGUCUGAUUCUUGAAGCCA